CACUGCAGUGCAGCAGCCAACCAGCAACCAGCUAACGGCAGCUACUCGUUUACUCACACAGAAAUAUGGAGGAAGCGAAGAUACAAGACAACGGCUGUCAGACUGACCCCCUCUGCAUGGGCCCAUAAACAUGUCCACAGAUGACAGUAUCUCUGAGGAUGUGUCCAGCUCGGGGGCUCUGAGCCAUUGCCAUGUCAGUCCUGACGGGGAUGGGGGUAAGGAGAGUGAGACCUCCUUGGUGUCCUCCGAGGGGACGUCAGCCUCGGGGCUGGCCGUCUCAGAGGACAGACACGCAGCCUCCCAAACAGCAGGAGGCCCUGUGGAGAGCAGGCCCAUGGACAUCACACCAGCAUGCAACAAGAUCAGGUGUCUGAGCACAGAUGAAGCAUUUGAACAAGGGAAGAGCCUCCCAUUCAUCAACCCCAGCUCCCUGGAGACCCUUAGAGCUUUGGUGCAGGAGAUCCAGAGCAGCGGAGAGACCGACCCGGAGAUCUGGAAGGAUUGUGAGGGCCGAUGGUUGCAUCUGUUUCAGCUGGUUGAGAAGCAAUACCAAGGGCAAAUACUCGCUCAGCAAGAACAAUACCAGUGCCAAAUACAGUUGAUUCAGGAUGAAAUCAAGGCCCUGGUUCAGCUCCAGAACCGCCAGCCACACACAGAUUUCUCUCCAACUUCGGUGACCAAAACUCCCCCAAACGCAAAGGACUAUAUGUUCCCCCUCAUCUCCAGUGACUUCAGGCUCCCCAAAAACGUGGCCAGUGACAAUGACGGCCUGGCAGCCCCGGCCCUUCUUCUCCCUUUUAGCUCCCCUUAUCCUCCUCCGCCCCAGAGACCAGAGACCGCCGACCAGGAGGGGGAGCGGGCGACCACGGUGCUCAGCAGCGGGUACGGGACUCUGUCUGCUUGGGAAACGGGUCUGGAACCUGCUGGGUCUCCGGGGGAGGAUGAGGGCGGUUUUCAUGGGAGGGAGAAGCACCACUGGUCCCCUGACCUCCAGGAAAACACAGAGACACAUGUGAUUGGGGGCCAGCAGGAUGUUUCACAUGUGAGGACUCUGGGAGUGGAUGAAACUCACCCGUUAGACUACCAGCAGAGAGCCUCUGGCACCAGCCAGCUCUUGACCUCCUGGGCCCAGAGGCAGAAACUCAGGUCCAAGAAGAGCAAAGCAGGACCGGCUUCAUCCCAAAUCCCUGAGUACGAGGAGCAGCAGCCACUCGGCAUCAGAGAAUCCCACAAACAAAACCCCCCGGAGAGCUCAGACCUUCCAGACCAGCAGCGACAGGCCGGGCCGCCGUCCAGCUCGUUCCCCCUGAGGAGGAGUGACAGCCUGAUGUCUGAGGCCUCAGGCCUCACGUAUUGGCGUCUGACUGAGAGUGAACUGUAUCACCCUCUACCGGACAGCUUCGACAGCGGCGCCUACCUCCUCCUGCAAGAGGCAUCCUUGAGUCUUACUCCGUCUCAGGAGCCUCGUCCGUCUCUCAGAGACAUCUAUCACAACAAGCAGAGAUCUGAUUGUAAACGCUCCGACUGGGACGGCUCUGUCACAUCCAGUCCUUCGUCUCCACAGGUGUUGACUUUGGACCCAGCAGCGAACCAGCGGCAGUCGGAUCGAACCUCCGGCUUCACUUCGCCCUCUCACUUCAGCAGCCCGUCGUUCGCCGCUCAGCCCCCCCACUACCCCAGAGUGGGGACCCCCGUCACCCCCGACAGUCCCAACCCCGGAGACACGGACUGCAUCUCCGACACCUCCAGCGCUUCGGCGGCCGGACCUUCCCCUUCUAACGUGCAGAGCUUGUGGGGAAACGCAUCCCAGGCCGCCCCGUUUACCCUACAUGGUAAGACCCAGCCCGGCUCCCACACAUCCAGCCAGCAACGCGGAGCCGGCGACCCUUCAGCCAGCGAGGAGGAGGGUAGUCGCACCCACACCAGCACCCUGAAGCCUCGUCCAGCCUCUGGUGCUUCUCUUCGGCCUGCAGCCAGUCCACACAUGGAGAGAGCGUCAUCACUGGAGGAUCCCGUCGUCCUUUCUCUACUGAGGCAGAACCUGAGAGAGAAGCACUCUCGACACGUUGCUGAUCUGAAAGCAUAUUACGAGUCUGAGAUACAGAUGCUGCGAGACAAACUGAAGCUCAGAGAUCUGCCCCGUGGUUUAGAGAAGAGCAACCAGGCCCUCACAGAGAGGUGCAAACACCUGGAGGAAGCUCUGGCUGAGGCCACCGGUCACAUUCAAGAACUCGAGGCAACAAACUGCUUUUUGGAGAAGAAACUGGCGGAGUGGCCGGAGCGCUACGUUGUGGCGGGAGCUGCUGUGAAGUCCUUGCAGCAGCGACUGGAAGACGGCAAGCGCUCGGGCAAAGAGAAGGAUGCCCUGGCAGCACGAUUGAAGGCCCACGUUCGUCAGCUGGAGGAGGCGCUGCAGAAAACCUGCAGGGAGGCAGACGAGAGGGAGGCGAGGAGGGAGAGAGAGUACAAGAUGCUGCAGGAUCUGCUCGGACAAUAUGACUCUCUGGUGAAGGAGCACGAGGGAAUGAAGAACAACCUGGUGUCAACAGAGAACAAGCUCGUCGAUGCCACCGAUCAGAUAUCAGAGCUGAAGAGAGUAAUCUCCAAACUGGAGUCUCAGGUGAAGCAGCUGGAGCACGAGAACCAGGCCAGGGUUCGUUAUUCUUCCCACAGUAACACACAACCGUCUGGGGCUGGUCUCUUCCACCAUCCUGACCUGCUGAUGUCACCCAGUAAAUGCACAGCGGAGCCAGACGUCACCCGCAGGAAGUCUCCCUCCGAGCAGGUGAGCGGCAGUGGCAGAAGAUCCCCGUUCCCUCAAACGAACCAAUCGAGUGUUCACAGGAAGUCCCAGUAUCCAAUCAAUGAUCAAUCGUCAGAACCUGGAAGCUCUGUGGGCUCCUCUUCAGCUGGUGGCAGCUGGAGGUGUGCGUCUCCCCCGGAGUGUGAACAAGCUCCGCCUCAGCAGCGCCACCAGGAGCCGAGCCAGCGGGAGGCCGCUCGCAGGGAGAGCUCCUGCUCCCUGACGCCCAUGAUGAGGGCCCUGAUCCAGCUGGAGGAGACCAGAGCCACGGAGAGCCGGGCCCCCUGUAAGAACAGCUCCACCACCCACAGGGUCGGCAAUCAGAGGACCACCGUCGGGUUUGUGGAGCGGAGACACAAAGAGUUGAUUCAGGAGCGAGGAGGGCUUCAGGUGGACUGGGAGGCGGUGAAACCUGGAGGAGUCACAGCCAGAGCUGAGCUCAGAGGAGGAGGGAGAGGAGGAGGAGGAGGAAGAGGAAGAGGAGCAGCAGCGAAAAGAGCUGCAGCUCUGCUGAGAGCUCAGAGGAGCCUGUCUCCAGAGGGCCACAGGUCCUCGUCACUGCCUCCUCCAGAACAUCGAAACAAACCCCCAACUACGCCCACAAAGAGAGGAACUUUACUCAUGCCCAUGUCUGCUAAGUCCAGUCCUAAACGCUGCCCCACUGAGAACUACUCCACUGCUUUUGGUCACCUGAUGCCGAGACAGGAACACAUGCACAAUAGGACUGAUGAACAAGUUGACCAGAGACGCCAUUCAUUCCACAGCAGCAGUCCCAGGAAGAGACUCCAGUUCACGUCAGACAGAGAGGACGACCUCCAGCACACCGAGUCGUCCCGCAGCGUGAACCCAGCGGAGGGGAACCCCCAGCUGGGCUGGGACGAGGAUCGGGGAGUCUCUGCUGGAUCCGACCCGCAGGACUCCCGUGAGGACUCGGGACUCCACUCGCUGGCUGAGGCCGAGAAGCUGUUCGACGAGCUGACGCAGGAGAAGCUGCAGAUUGAGGCUGCUCUGAGCCGGAUGCCUGGAUCAGGAGGGAGAGUGACUCUUCAGACCAGGUUAGACGAGGUGGCCUUAGAGAACCGUCUGGAGAGACUGAAUCGUGAGCUGGGAUCCAUCCGCAUGACUCUGAAGAGGUUCCACGUCCUCCGCUCCUCUGCCAACACAUAGCGACAUCUGUCUCUUUCUACAUCACAGCGUAGCCGACGCUACGACAUCAGUGACUUGGUUUUAGACGCUGAUAACACCGAUUGUCUCCGUGUGCCAUGAGUACCAUAUGUACAGUAACUCCUCCACGCCAUCUUUUUUAUACGUAUUACUCUGGGAUAUUUUUGAUAUGUCUGAAAGAUAUUGCAAUUUUUUGGAGUAUAUUUUUUAGUAAUGCACAGAUUUGUAAAAGUCGUUUACUUUUUUAGUCACAGAAAUUAUUAAUACGAUAUGUUUUACUUGCCAUAUUCAGGGUGUAGAUUUUUUUUAAAUCUGCUAUGUGAAUGAUUUAAAAAGACAUUUCAUCCACUUGGGAAAUAUCACUGCCAUUGUUGUUCAUGUGUUUAUGGACAUUUAUUACAUCAAAUAUUUAUUUUAUGUUUCUGUACAUAUUUUUACAAGUUUAUUUCUUUUUAUUAUGUAUUUUUUUUUUCUAUUUGUAAUGGGCCAAAUUUAUCAAACUUGAAAGAAAUGUUUUGUUUAAUUGAAUCGAUCGCCUUUUUCUUUUGUUUACUUUUCAUUCCUACCUGUCACUUUCUUUUCUUUGUGUUUCAUAUACAGGAUUACUGGAUUAGAACUACUUGUAAUAUCCAAACCAGCACACCUUUUCAGUCCACACACACACACACACUUUCUCCUCUAGCGAUGCUUGUGCAUGGAAUUUCUUGCACUGCUUCCUUUUGCCAUGCAUUUUAUUUUCUACCUGACAUGAACUUCACUGGAACUAAAAUGUUAUUGUUGCACAAUAAAUGAAGCUUUUAUAAAUAUA